AUGCCCAGAGGGCAGAAGAGUAGGCAGCGCAUGCGUGCUAAGCGUUAUCAAGCUCGUGGUCGGAGCCGUGCGGUGCAGGAGGUGAAGGUCGAGGAGGACGUGCAGUCUGCCACUUCUUCUAUUAGUGAUGAGGAUGCUCCCCCUAGUCCUCCCGAUAUCUGUACCCUGGAGCACUUUUGGGAUGAUAUGCCAUCCUGCUCUUCCAACGCAGGUGUUGCCUGUUCAAGCUCCUGUGCAGGUCUUGAUGAAGGUGCUAGUGCAACAUCUGUGAGCAUCUUCUCAGAGGGAUCUAUCACUCAGAGAGUGUGCACAGAUCCCAUUGCCAGGAAGACCCGUAGGCUGGUGCAAUACCUGCUAGAGAAAUAUAAGAGCAAGGAGCGCGUUACUCAGGCAGAUAUGCUAAAAGUUAUUAAAAGGAAGCACAAGCAGCACUUCCCUGAUAUGUUCAGAAAUGCCCGUGCGCGCAUGGAACUGGUCUUUAGUGUUGAGUUGCAGGAGGUGGGCCCCAACAGCCAAUGUUAUACUCUUGUCAGCAAGUUUGGUAAUGUCGAUGCCAAUGCUAGUGGCUGGGUGCCCAAAACUGGACUGGUGAUGACGCUCCUGGGUGUGAUAUUCAUGAAUGGUAACCAUGCCAGUGAGGAAGAAAUGUGGGAUUUCCUGAAUGCAUUUGGAAUCCAGGCUGGGAGGAAGCAUUUAAUCUUUGGGGAACCCCGCAAACUCAUCACCAAAGAUUUGGUGCACGAUGGUUAUCUAGAAUACCGCCAGGUACCUAAUACUAUUCCUGCUCGCUAUGAGUAUCUGUGGGGAUUCAGAGCCCGAGCUGAAAUAACUAAGAUGCGAGUUCUGGAGGUCUUAGCCAAGAUCACUGAUACGGUUCCCAAGGCCUUCCCUCUGUUGUACGAUGAAGCCAUAAGAGAACAGGAGGGAAGAGGGCGAGAUAGAAUUGCAACUGGAGAUAGGUUUCCUCCCUACACCUACUUUUAG